AUGGAUAUCGAUUGCCGGAUCUCUGCACGUGCAUUUUCGCAAAGUCAUCGAACUAUUUAUCCCGAUGCUUUUCCAUGUAAAACUUUAUCUGAUGCAGUUAGAUACAUUCUUAGCAAUAAUUCAUUUCAAGGAAGUAAUGCAACCCUAACUGUACAUCAAGAGGAUGUCUUUGAAGUAAUUGAACAACUAAAAGUAUGCCCAUCAAAGAUGUUUGAAUCCUUACGCACAUACUUUGCAAAAUUCUUUGAUAUUGAUUUAUAUAUUAUUGGUUUUAUUAAUGAAAAAUUUUCUAUAAUUCACGAUGAUAAACAUGAUAAAGCAAAUAUGGCUUAUUUACAAUUUAAUAAAGAUCAUACAAUUUAUGGACCUUUAUACAUCACAAGUGUUAAUGAACCAUCAACUGACAUCCUUCUAAUACAAGAGCAACAAGCUGUUCAUUGUAUGGAAGAAUCUAUUGAAAGUUUAUCAAUUGAUAAUACUUUAGAUCCGACAAAUCAAAUAAAUCUUUCUGAUUCUGUUCAAAUAGAUGCUAAAAUUCAAUCUCGCAUUUUACUUGAUCGAAUUUUAUCUCAAGUAUUUAGAUUAAUUGAUGGACUUCCAAUAGAUGCUCAUAUAAUGAAUGAAGUCUGGCAACAAUUUGUUCCAAAUAUUACUCCAUAUAAUCAUUUGUUUCACGAAGAAGCGAUUACUAUUUUAAAACAAUAUGUGAUGUCCUGUUCAAAUCUUAUUCAAAUAGCGGAACAAUCUAUGAAUACUUAUCAAAGUAUUCAAGUUGAUACUCUUCAAUCUACACUUCCUAGUCAUCUAAGCAAUCAAACUAUCGAAAUUAAUUCUAUUCAUUCCAAUAAUAUUCCAAUUAACUUACAAUAUCAAAUGAAUCAAAUUCCAUUUGAUAUUAAAAUUCUGUUAAAUACUUCUGUAUCAAAAACCUACGAUCAACCAACAUUAAUUAAACAAUUAAAAAGUUCAUUUCAUCCUCGAAACUUAAAAGAAUUUGCAAAGACUAAAAGUUCUCCUAUACAGUGUAUUAAUUCCAAACAACGUGAUCCAUUUCAAAUACGAGUUCCUCCUGACGAUGGUAAUUUAUUAUAUCUUGCUAUAGAACUACAUAAUCCCGAUGGACAUAUUCAUCCUUCGAAAGUUAUUGUUCCAGAUAAGACAAAGGCAAAGGAUGAAUCAUUAAUAAACAAUAAUGAUUUGAGAUGUUUGAAAUUUGAUGAGUGCCAUUCAGAUGAUCAAGUCGAUCUUGAUAACAAGCGAAUCUAUUUAAAAAUCACUAAGACAGAACGUCAAGCUUUAGUGAAAGAUAUUCGAAUUCACAUAAUCAAUUUAUACCAAAGAUGUGGAAUAGAUAGAAAAAUGGUGCAAAAUCAAGAUCUUAAAAAAUGUAAACUCGCUUUUUGUUUUUGCACACUUGAAAAUACAAAGUAUAAACAUGUUUCUCCAGUGAAUUAUUCUAAUAUAAUGGAAGAGUGCAAUCCACAUACCAAUAAACAGAAGAAUAUUACUAAUAAACAAUCAAAAAGAUUUGUUUGUCCAACUUAUACUACUGAUGUAAGUUUAUAA